AUGACUGUCGAAGUCUCGGCCCGAUUGCUCACCCGGCGCCGAGAAGCUAUCGCCGUCGAUCACCUUCGCCCGAUCGACGCCAUCGACACCAGAGUACCAGGUGAAAGGUGGCUAGGGAAUCCCCCGAAUGAUAUAGAGGAGACCUUUCAUACACUGAGGAUGUACGGAGUCAAGCUGAAUCCUCAGAAGUGUCUCUUCGGAGCAAAGAGUGGUCGCUUUUUGGGCUAUAUCAUCACCGAGCGGGGCAUAGAAGCGAACCCCAGCAAGGUAAAGGCAUUGCAGGACAUGCCACCUCCCAGAAAUUUGAAGGAAGUACAGCACCUUACCGGUCGGAUAACGGAUCUCUCGCGGUUCAUCUCCAAAACGGCCGACCGGAGCAUGCCCUUUUUCAAGAUUCUUCGCCGAACCACCAAAUUCCAGUGGGACAAAGAAUGCGACCGGGCGUUUGAAUCUUUGAAGGUUUAUAUAAACUCUUUACCUGUAUUAGCCAAGCCGACUAUCGGCGAGCCGCUCCGCAUAUACUUAUCCUCCACCGAGCAUGCUGUUGGCUCGGCAUUGACUCACAGUUGGCCACUCAGCAGCUCUUGGGAACCUUCGAGGCUGAAGCUGUACGUGGAGGCAUUCGACAAGCUCAAAACCAACUUCGGAGAGGUUGUUAUACAAAAAAUCCCCCGAGCGGAGAAUCGGGUGGCAGAUGAGUUGGUGAAGCUGGCGAGUUCGAUAACGCCGAUCGUCACCCAACAAUCGAUCGAGCAGGUAUCCUUAGUGGCUCACAUUGACAGGAUGGAGGACCUUGCGUUCCCGAGCAACUGGAGGAUGACCAUAGUAGAAUUCUUGCAAUCAGGAGCUGCUCCAUCCGAUCGGGUUGAGGCACAGUUGCUAAGAAGGAGAGCAGGCCGGUUCACCCUCAUAGGGGACCAGCUCUACAAGAAGGUUUUCUCCCGUCCGCUGCUAAAGUGUGUCAGCUUGGAAGACGCGAAAUAUAUACUAAAGGAGGUGCAUCAAGGAUCCUGCGGAAGACACCCGGGCGGCCAGUCAUUAGCAAAAAAGAUCCUGCUAGCUGGAUAUUUCUGGCCGACCCUUCAGGAAGACGCCGCUCGGACCGUCGCCACUUGCCUUUCCUGUCAAAGAUAUCACAACUUCUCUCAUCGGCCGACGGAGGAGAUGAAGGCCUCUACAUGGGUGGAAGCCGAGCUGCUCGCGAAAAUAACGGAGCAGAUGGUCAAUAAGUUCAUCUGGAAGCACAUAAUAUGUCGGUUCGGCAUUCCACGAUGGCUCGUGUCCGACAACGGGUGGCAAUUCGUCGGACAGCAGCUCCGAGAAUGGUGUGAGGGUUAUGGCAUUCAGCAACACUUCACCUCCGUAGCUUAUCUGCAGAGCAACGGGCAUGCAGAAGUCGCCAAUCGGGAGAUCUUGUUGAUUCUUCGAGUUCAGCUCAACCAUAUCGGUGGCAGCUAG